AUGAGUAGAUUUCUUUCAUUUACCGAUCAUCAAUUAAGAGAAGAACUUCCUCCAGAAGAUACUAUUGACGAAUUGAAUAUUCGUUAUCGAAUUUGUCAUAAAUAUACUCCAAAACGGGACAAGAAUAAUGAAAAUGAUAUAUGUAUAUGUGAACGACGAAAAGAAGAACAUGAAGAUUACGAAGAAUCAAAGAAUCGUUGGACUAUGAAUUAUAAUACUCGAGAAGUAAUUAAUUCUGACUUGGGUACACUUUUACAUGGUGGAUUGUAUGUUCGAUUAGCUUUGGAUACACCUUUAGAAAAAGUUGAAAAAAUUCUUCUUGAUGCUUGGAAAAUUCGUAAACCUUUAUUUAUUGUAACAAUUAUUGGUGGUGCAAAAUAUUUCAAAAUGAAUGAUAAACUUGAAACAUAUUUUAUAAAUGGUAUUGUUGAUAUAAUUAAUAAAUCUGAUGCAUGGUUAUUCUCAUCUGGAUAUAAUAUUGGUAUUGUUCAACUUGCAGGACGUGCAAUUCAAAAAUUUAAAUUAACACAUUUCAAAAAAAAUAAUUUUACUGCUAUUGCUGUUUGUAAAUGGGGUAGUAUAAAAAAUGUAAAAAUGAUAACAAGUCGAGAUGAUAAAAAAACAAAACAGAUAACUACCAAUGCAUCGAGUAGUAAUAAAAAUGAUAAAUCUGAAGAACGUCAACAUGGUCAAUGGGAUCUUGAAAUGAAUCACAGUCAUUAUCUCAUGUUAGAUGAUGGCAGUAUUCUUAACUAUGAAAUAGGAGAUUAUCGAACACGUCUAGUUACUCAUAUGGCAAAACUGAAAAAUGAACAUGAGUUUUUCGUACCUGUAGUUACAAUUGCGGUUGAAGGUGGUCGAGAUACUGUAAACAAUAUAUAUUAUGAUUUAAGAGCAAAGAUUCCUGUUAUUAUAGUUGAUGGUACCGGUCGUGCUGCUGAUUUUUUUACUCGUUGGUUAUUUUUGACAAAAGAUUUCGAAAAUGAUGUUAAAAAUAAAGAAACCAUUUGUGAAAUUGAAGAAUUAGUUAUUGAAGACAACAGUUUAUCAUGUUCGAUCUCGCAAGAUACAAAUUUAGAUCAAAAGAAAAAUUCCCAAAAAACUAAAGUCAGUGAAAGACAUAUUAAUACAGAGAAUAAAAGACUUUCAGAGAUGUUUCAACCUAAUAAAUAUAGUGAACGAUUAAAGAAAGAUGUAGAAAAUACUUUUUUUCGAAAAGAUAAUUCAGAAGAAGAAUCUCAAAAAAUAAAACAAAAACAUAACGAAAAUGACAAAAACAAACAAAUUAAUGAAUUAAUAAAUCGAAUUAUGUAUUGUCUACAACCAGCUAUUCGUACUCAUUUAACUGUAUUUUCUUUAAAUUCGGAUGCUAAUUUAACAGAGACAAUUUUUCGAAGUAUUUGUCGUUCACAUCAAACAAUAGCAAAAAUGAAACUUUAUUCAAGCAAUAUUCACGUUGAAACUAAACAACCAGAUAUACCAAAUGAUGAAAGAAAUAUUAUGUAUGAGACAAGAGAUUAUGAUAUUCGUAAAAAACAACAAAAAAUAGAACGAACAAGACUACUUAAAUUAGCAAUGAAUUGGGAUUGUAUUGAUAUUGCAAAAGAAUUUAUUUUUCAAAAUUCAUUAGAUAAUAUAUUGAAUAAAAAACGAUAUUUUGUAGAUGCUUUAAGAAACAAUUUACCGACAUUUGUCUAUGAAUUUCUUAAAUUAGGCAUUGAUCCAGCUGCUGACAUAUUCUUUUCAAAAAGUGAAGUAUCAAAAAAAAGAUCUUGUUAUGCCUAUUUUAUUGAAACACUUUAUCAUCCUAAUAUAAUGAAUAAUGCUAAAACUCAUUUAAAAGAUUUUAUUGACUCUGAUAAAUCUACAAAUAAUAAAUUCAUUAGUGAUAUUGAAAAACUUAAUGCAGUUCUUACUAAACUUAUUGGUGAUUAUAUGCGUGAUCUUUAUUUUGAAACAGAACAAACUGAAUAUACAGAUCGAAUAAAAUGGGGAUUGACACAAAAUUUUUCUAAAUCAGAUCAAUAUAAUAAUAAAGAUACUGAAAAUAAUCAAUUUAUAUCAAUUAUAUCGAAACAACAAAAAAAUUAUGAUUAUAUUAUGCGUGAUUUAUUUUUAUGGGCUAUAUUAAUGAAUUAUAUUGAUAUGGCUAAAAUUUUUCUAUGUUAUAUGAAAUAUCGUAUAUGUCCAGCAUUAAUUGCAACAAAAAUUUUAAAACAAUAUCAUUCAAUAGCUGAUUAUGGUGAUUUAAAAGAUCGUUAUAUGGAAAAUGCAAAAUAUUUUGAAAAAUAUGCUAUUGAUUGUUUAAAUAAAUGUGCUGAAUAUGAUGCAUCUCAAGCAUGUGCAAUUAUUUUACAACAAAAUGAACUUUAUGGAUAUGUUACUUGUCUUCAAAUUGCAGCUGAUGCUCCUGAUGAAUUAUUUAUUGCAACACCAUGUUGUGUAGAAGCUAUAAAUAAUAUAUGGUAUGAUAAACUUCGUCCAGAGCAAACAAGUUUACGUCAUCAAUGCUAUUUACUUUGUGCUAUUAUUUCAUUUGGUCUUUUGGCUCCUCUUUUACUUGACUAUCGAGAAAAAAAUAAGAAUCGGAUCAACAAAGAUUCUGAAACAUCAAAGUUAAGACAUCAUGGUAUUAACUAUUGUGAUUCAAUUCUACUCGAGGAUCCUCCUAAUUAUUUGAAAUCGGACUUAGAGGAGUGUCACACAGUUUAUUUACGUAAAUUAGGAAAAUUUCAUAAAUCACUAGCUAUAAAAUGUACUUAUCAUGUAAUAUCUUAUAUAUGUUUUCUAUUACUCUUCUCAUAUGUUCUUCUCUUCAAAUUUUCACCACCAUCGAAUAAAAUUCCAUCAAUUCAUUGGACUGAAAUAUUAACAAUUAUUCUUGUUUCAUGUAUGUUAAUAGAAGAAAUUCAUUAUUUUUUUACUCAAGAUAGUAUAACUAAUUUUGGAAAAUUCAAAAGUUAUUGUCGUGAUCUUUUUAAACCAUUGACUAUGAUUGCAUUUAUUCUUUUCUACAGUGGAUUAAUUCUACGAUUUAGACAUACAAAUUCUAAAGAGGACUUUGUAGCAGCAAGAAUUGUGAUGGCUAUUGAUAUUGCAAUCUGGUGGCUUCGUUGUUUAUCAUUUAUUAUUGUUAUACCAUUUCUUGGGCCACAUCUCGUAGUUAUUGGAAAAAUGCUUCAAGAUCUUUUAUUCUUUUUAUGUAUUAUUGCAAUUGUUAUGAUUGGUUAUGGUGUUGCAUCUCGUUCAAUAGUUUAUUAUCCAGUAGAGAAUGGUUUUACAACAGAAACAAAUGGUUCUAUAGAUACUAGUUUUGAUGGUAGAGCUGUUUUUUAUCAAGUUCUAUAUCCAGUUUACUAUUUGUUAUACGGACAAUUUGGUAACGAAUUACGAAAUCUUGAUGAUAAUCCCAAUGCUGGAUGGUCCAUUGCUACUCAUGUAUUACUUGCUUUUCAUAUGAUUUUUGUGAAUGUUUUAUUAGCUAAUCUACUUAUAGCUAUGUUUAGUAAACGAUUUGAUGAAGUUCAUGAUGAUACAAAAAAAAUUUGGUAUAAACAACAAUAUUUAUAUACACGUGAAUAUUACGCACGUUCACCAUUUUUACCACCAAUAAGUUUUUUUUAUGAUAUUUAUUAUUUAAUUCGUAUGUUCGUCUUCUUUAUAAGACGAACUUGUUUAAACCAAUCAGCAGAUUCAAAUGCUAUAACUUUCAAAAUUGUUCCCAAUGAUAGAUCUAUUGUAAAACAAUGGUAUGAUUUUGAAGAUUCAUCAACAUAUGAAUAUGCUUAUGAAAAAGUAAAAGAAUGGAAAAUUACACUUGAAAAAUCAAAAUCAGAAUUAGAUUCAGGUAAUAAAGUAAAAAACAUUCAAAAUGAUAAUAAUUCAGAUAACAAAGAAAAAAAGGAGAAAAAGAUUUCAAAUGACAACGAUUCAGAUGAUAUUCUUAAUAGUUUGAAACAAUUACAAGAUGAUUUGAAUAAAUUGAAAUUGAAAAUUGAAGCUAUACCUAACAAUACGAAUACGACAUCAAAGCAUCAAAAAAUGGACAAGAAAAACAGUGAAAUUAAUAUGUAA